ACCGACUCGUACCGACUUCCCCCACCCGCCCCUCGGAAUCGACGGAUUGAUCUUCCCUUAUCAACGCUCAACAUCAACCAUCCCCCUCUCUUUCUUUACGACCAUCCUGUUCACAUAGCAUAGAAGUGUGGGAUCUAAUCUACGACCUUAUAAUAAACAUACCUUCCUCUCCUUCAAUCAUUACGUUCCUUGUAUAGUGUCAUUAUCAUUCAACAUGCGUCGUAUCAUACUUGCAUCCGCCCUUCCCUUCGCUUUCACACUCGCCGCCCAUAGUCCUUUAAGACAAGAACGACAUCGACAACUAGCUCGCGCAAACGCACCUGCUGGUGGAUUUCAAGAUGUGGGACAAUCAGGAGUAUCGGCGCAGAUGAUAUUCCUAGGGACAGAAAACACCAUCUUCAUUCUCGACAAAGCCGAGAACAAUGAGUUCUCCAUAACGACCAAUGGCACCAAGCAUCCCGCUUGGGGCGCCAGAUACGACCUCAGAACGAACACUCCCAUAGCCAUGGAAGUUACUGCCAAUACCUUUUGUGCAUGUGGUAGUUACAUGGCCGAUGGUCGUAUGGCCGUAUUCGGUGGAAACCAACCCGUCACAUACAAUGGAACUGCCGUCAACGAUAAGUUCAACAACCCGUCUGGUACUAAUCCCUAUAUGGAUCUGGAUGGUGGAGCAGCCGUCCGUAUAUUAAACCCAUGUGAUGGGGAGAACUGCGAUUGGGAACAAGGUGGCGCAGAUCUGACCAUGGCUGCUCACCGUUGGUACCCCACCGUCGAACCCAUGGGAGAUGGCUCCCUUUGUGUGAUGGGGGGAGAUCAUAACGGCGGUUACGUCUCCACGUUUGCCCAGAACGAAGCGUCUUACGAAUUCUUCCCUAAACAACCUUCAGGUGCCAUCCCCAUGGACUUUCUCAACCGUACAGUCCCAAUCAACCUCUUCCCACUAUCUUGGCUCAUGCCCAAUGGUCAAAUGUUCAUGCAGGCGGCCUACGAAACCAUCAUGUAUGACUUUGACAGCAAGACUGAGAUUCCCCUUCCCCAAAUGCCUUAUGCUGUCAGAGUCUACCCUGCUUCGGCCGCCGCAGUCAUGCUACCCCUUACCCCCGCCAAUAAUUACGAGCCCACCAUUCUCUUCUGUGGUGGAUCAUCUGCACCUUUCAACAAGUCUUCAGACGGAGGUGCCAACUUCAACGUCACGGCAUAUGCAGCAGACGACACAUGUGUCCGUAUCCGUCCCAUGGAUGAAGAUCCUCAAUACGUCGACGACGACAAUCUACCGGAACCACGUAGUAUGGGGUCACUUGUCUUCCUACCUGAUGGAAAGUUGUGGCUCGGUAACGGUGUCGGUAUGGGGACUGCGGGAUAUGGUAACGAAGGUUAUUCGAUCGGUCAAUCGUAUGGACAGGAUCCAGUCUACACGCCGGUCUUGUACGAUCCCGACGCUCCUCUCGGCUCACGCUUCAAUCGUGAUGGUCUGAGUCCUUCCCAGCAUGAGAGGAUGUAUCAUUCCACAGCUCUCCUCCUCCCCGAUGGAUCAAUCAUUCUCGCAGGCAGCAACCCCCGAGCCGACGUCAGCUAUGACCCAUGGCCAACAUCAUACUCCGUCGAACGUUGGUAUCCCCACUGGUACAACUUGCCUCGUCCCGAACCAUCCGGUUUCCCAAGCUCUCUCACGUACGGCGGUGAGGCUUGGAAUCUGACUUACACGCCUACCAACUCUUCUUCUGAUCCAAAUCAGAGCAAAGUGGUUGUCAUCCGGACCGGGUUUGCGACACAUGGUGUCAACUGGGGUCAGAAAUAUCUCGAACUCAAUUCGACCUAUACCAAGGAUGGAAGUACCGGUGAAGUCAUGAUGCACGUCAGUCAGAUGCCACCCAAUGCGAAUCUUUUCCAACCUGGUCCAGUGUUGAUUUUCCUUGUCGUUGAUGGGAUUCCCUCUGUUGGCUCUAUCAUCAUGGUUGGGUCUGGUCAAAUCGAAACACAACCCAUACUUCCUGUCGCCGAACUUCCCCAAUCUCAAGUGGUCAUCCCCGAUACUUCCUCUACCUCCAACAACUCAUCAGAUGGUUCUACUUCAACAGGAGGAUUAUCAGCAUCAAACGCCGCUGGACGGUCUUUAACAUUACCUUCUGUCACUCUCACAAUUAUCCCUUUACUCUUUGCUUUGCUCAGAUAGCGUCCGUACAUUCAUUUAUCAAUGUCCAUUCUUACAUGUGUAUGUCAUGUCCUACGAAUUAGUCAUGGUGCAGAGGAGAGGAAAGAGAGAGGAAGAAUAGACAGUCGCAGGCGACAGAGGAACCUCUUUUGCAUACCACCGAGGAGGAAUAAUCGCUUGCAUAUGCAUCUAUGGUGCUCUUC